AUGGCCGAAGCAGAAGCCAAGAGGAGAUGGGCUGAAGAGAGGCAACGGCGCCGUGAUGGCGACACCGAUCCUACCGUCUCUUUCCCGGGAACUGGAGACAUACGUGAAGCAUGGGAGCGUGGGGCACGAGCCGCUGCAAAGGCACACGUGGGAGAGGCAGGAGAGGAGCUCGCCAGUAAUGUGCGGCAGCAUAUCGAGGAGGAUAGGGGAUACGUUGAAGUUCGCUUGCCCAGCGUAAAGCGGAAGGCGGCAGAAGAGGCCCGGAGAGGGGACGUCGACGUGGCAGAGAAUUCGGGAGAGGCGAAAAGGAAGGCGCAGAGCAACGCGGGUGCAAAGGCUCAUAAGAUGGCGGAGGUAGAGGCGGACCAGAAUGCAGAGGAUGCGGCCCAUCGGUUCGUCGAUGCAGAGGCGGCACUUACGGCAGAGGACGGGACGCCAAAGGAAGCAGAAGCUGCGGCGCAGCAGAAGGUGGGUGCAGAGGCGGUCAAGAGUGCGGAGGCAGUCGCGCGUAAAGAAGCGGGUGCAACAGCAGAGCUGACGUCGGAGGCAGUCGAGCUGCAGGUGGUGGAGGCAGUGGCGCAGAAGGAAUCAGAGGCAACGGCGAGCCAGAAGGAUGAGGCAGCGGCGCAGCAGAAAAAUGAGGCAGACGCACACAACGAAUCAGCGGCAGCAGCGCAGCAGAAGGAUGAGGGUGCGGCGCCCAGGAUGGUUGAGGCAGAGGCGCAGAAGGAAUCAGAGGCAGCGGCACAGCAGAAGGAGGAGGGUGCGGCGCCGAAGAUGGUUGAGGCAGAGGCGCAGAAGGAAUCUGAGGCAGCGGCGCAGCAGAAGGAGGAGGGUAAGGCGCCGAAGAUGGUUGAGGCAGAGGCGCAGAAGGAAUCUGAUGCAACGGCGCAGCAGAAGGAGGGUGCGGCGCCGAAGAUGGUUGAGGCAGAGGCGCAGAAGGAAUCUGAGGCAGCGGCGCAGCAGAAGGAGGAGGGUAAGGCGCCGAAGAUGGUUGAGGCAGAGGCGCAGAAGGAAUCUGAUGCAGCGGCGCAGCAGAAGGAGGGUGCGGUGCCGAAGAUGGUUGAGGCAGAGGCGCAGAAGGAAUCUGAUGCAGCGGCGCGGCAGAAGGAGGAGGGUGCGGCGCCAAAAAUGGUUGAGGCAGAGGCGCAGAAGGAAUCUGAGGCAGCGGCGCGGCAGAAGGCGGAGGCAGAGGAGCAGAAACAGGCUGCGGAAGAGGCACUACAACUGGCUCGGGCAGAAGCGCGGAAGAAGGCUGUUGUAGAGGCGCGGCAGAAGGAGGAGGGUGAGGCGCAGAAGAUGCCAGAGGCCGAGGAGCAGAAGCAGGCUGAGGCUGACGGACGUAGGAAGCCAGAUGGAGAGGAGGGUUCAGAUGGGAAUAAAAUGAUACAGACAGAGGGACGGGAGACGGCGGGUGCUGAGGGGCACAUCAACGCAGAGGAAGAGGGGCAGCACGACGAGGAGGCAGCAUCGCAGGUAUUCGCAUACCGAGAGACGCAGAGCAUGGCAGAGACAGAGCGUCAAAAUACUAUGGAGGAGGUUCGUGUGGUCCCGGAGGCUGGAGUGGGGCACUACGAGGGAGAUGCGCUGGAAACAGAAGAGGAGCAGAAUGAGGAGGAUACGGUACAUCCGGCAGUCCGGAUAUUUUUGGGAGGAAGUCCGACGCGGGGACCAGGAACCGGGGUAGAGAGGCCAUGGAGGGUGGCAGACGAUGGGGCGCCUAGGGAUACAGUGGAUCUCAACAGGCAGAGGCGGCCUACCCUUCACCAGAGAACAGUGGAGAGGAAUCUCAGCCAAGGCGGGGUGGCAGAAGCGUUUUGGCAGGUUCGCCAGUCGGGAGGGGGGAUGGCGGAGGGCACGUUAAAGGGGGUGGAAGAGAGGUUGAGAGAGGUUCUGAGAGAAGACUCUGAGCGGCGGAACAGGGAUAGACUGCAGGACGAGGAGCGGAGGCAGAAGGCCACGAGGAAGGAAGCAGACGCCGCAGAGAGACGGGAGAAGGAACGACAGCAGGAGGAAGAGCGUCGGCAGAAGGAGAUGAGAGAGGGAAUGAAGGAGAUGAAGGAGGCGAUGAUGAAGGAGAUGAAGGCAGAAAUGAAGGAGAUGAAGGAUGGGAUGGUAAACCAGAUUGUGGGGAGGUUGAGCGCAGUUUUGAGAGAAGAAUCCGAGCGGCAGAAGAAGGCGAGGCAAGACGACGCGGAGCGGCGACAACAGCAGGACGCGAAGAGGAAACAAGUGGCGGACGACGAGGAGAGACAGAAGAAGAAACAACUGGACGAGCAAUGGCGGAAGGAGGAGGAGAAGAGGAAGGAUGUAGAGGCCACAGAGCGGCGGAGGAAGAAGAAACAUCAGGAGGAAGAGCGAUGGCAGAAGGAGGUGGAGGCGGGAAUGAAGGAGGUAAUGGAGGCUAUGAAGGAGAUGAAGACGGGGAUGAAGGGGUGGAAGGAGGGGAUGCUAAGUGAGGUGGAAAAGCGGCUGUCAGUAGUUCUGAGAUUGGACGCAGAGCGGCGGCAAAAGGAAGAGCAGGGUAGGAAGGCAACGGAGGGAGAUCGGCCACAGAAGGAGGAUGCGCAGAGGAAGGAGGCUGAGAAGGACGAUCGGGAGGAAAGGGAGAAACAACAGGAGAAGGAGCACCGGCAAAAUGAGGAGGCGCAAAGGAAGGAGGCAAAGGAAGGAGAGCGGGUGGAGAGGGCGAAACAGCAGGAGAUGGCGCGCCUGCAGAAGGAAGAGGCGCAGCGGAAAGAUGCAGAGGAGGCCGAGAGGCAGGAGAGGGAGAAACAGCAGGAGAUGGCGCGCCUGCAGAAGGAGGAGAGGCAGAGGAAGGAGGCAGAGGAGGUAGAGCGGCGUCAGAGGGCGAAACAGCAGGAAUUGGACCGCCUGCAGAAGGAGGAGGCGCAGAAGAAGGAGGCAGAGGAGGCCGAGCGGCAGCAGCGGGCGAAACAGCAGGAGAUGGAGCGCAUGCAGAAGGAGGAGGCGCAGAAGGAGGCAGAGGAGGCCGAGCGGCUUUAG